AUGAGUUUUAUUAUUUUUAUUAUAUAUACAGUCUAUUGUUCAGAAAGCACAGGACUUAGAAUUGAUUUAAAUAUAGAAAUCCCUUUAUUGGAGAAUCAAUAUGUCAUUUUCAACUCAAAUUCCUCUUAAUCAGGAGCAAGUCAAGAAAUUAUACCAUAACAAAAACUAUUAGCCAAUUUAGUAUAGUUUUCAAAUUAAGAUAGAAAAAUAAUUCUUUAUAAGUUUACUCUUAGAAAUUCGAUUUUCUUUAAUUUAAUAAUUUUACAGAUCUUUAAUGUUAUCAAUAAAAUGUUAUGAUACUUCGAGAUGUUUAAAGUUGUACCCAAAAUUGCACAUUAUAGUCAAAUUAUACUCAAUUUCUAGGAGCAAACAGUGUUAGCUAAAAUAUUACAGAUUCAGCUUAUUUUAUAAUUGAUAAUACAUAAUUGCCUUGUGUUAAUGGAACAUUUUUUAAAUUACUUGUUCCAUGGGUGACUGUCUAAGUAUUAUUUACUUUUUAGGACUCUUCUUAUUUGAUUGGAACAAUUAGUAUCUAUUUAUAAAUAUCUUAGUUAUUGUUUUAUUAGUCACUAUUAUUACUAUUUAAAUUAUGUCUAUAAUUGUAUUAUAUUAUAAAUUGAGAAAGUAUAAGAAAAAAAUGAAACGAUCUUAAGACAAAAACAUUGCCAAAAGAAACAAUAUAAUGAGAAGUGAUUAUCAAGUAAAAAUUAUAUAAAUUAAUUAAAUUAGGAAAACAAUGAAGAUCAAUCUAUAUCACUCUAAGAAAUCAAGAGUUAAUAAAUUUCUUAUUUCUAAAAUUGA